UUCUACUCACCUUAAAUACUAUAAUUGAAGGUAAUUAAGUCUUGCCUCGCUCUUCGCAUCGGAAACUUUUGAAUGCAUGUAACCCGACCUCACUCAAUUGACAACUCUACAUAACGCGCAAUCAUAAACCACGACAAAUAGCCAACGAAAAAACGUCCCAUCCCAUCCCAUCCUAAGCGUUAGCCGAACUCGCUCCAUUCCAGUACUUGAAUCCCCCCGUAUUCACCAUGUCCAAAACAUUCACGGCCAAAGAUGUCGCCGAGCACAAGGACGAAAAGAACGGCAUGUACAUAAUCGUUGACAACGGUGUCUACGACAUAGCAACUUUCCUCGACGAGCAUCCGGGUGGCGCCAAGAUCCUCAAGCGCAUGGCCGGCAAGAACGCGACAAAACAGUUCUGGAAGUACCACGGCAAGAGCGUCCUGGAAAAGUACGGCGGCAAGCUGAAGGUCGGGGAUCUGGCGGAGACGGCCAAGUUAUGAGUAACCAACGUCUCUCAUGCAUAUAGAGCACGGGGUGGUGGGGGCAUCAAUCUGAGCUUGAAGCGGCCAAAGUCUAGACCUAGCAGAACCUUCCAGAGCUCUGCGUUUUUUCGACUGCCCGGAAUUAUACUUGAAUUAUAGGGUGUCAUAGUAUCAUCGAACUUCGAUCUCAAUUUCAGUUUGUGUCUUAACUAUUUAAAUAAUUAUAAUCCAGCGUCAAAUUCAAAUCUUCAAGUGUUGUUAGACAUAUCAC